AUGCAAUAGUGUUAGGUAAAUUUUCAGCCCAUAUACUAAAAUAAAGUUAGGUAAGUAUUAAUCAUUUUACAAUCAAUUCAAGUGAAGAAUUGUGGAUUUAAUAUUGAAAAACUAAAGAUAAUUUAGAGCAAAGCAUAUAUUCAAAAAUUGGAUGAAAUUCCAAUUUUUUCAAAUUUAAAUUAUAAAAUUGCAAUUUGCAGCUUAUGGAGAGAUGCACCAUUAAAAGAAUAAAUUAUUUUUUUUUCCAAGAUUAUUAGUUAGAUUUAAUGUUUAGUAAUCAAUCAAACCAGAGGAUAAAUGUGA